GAGUAACUCAAGCAUUGCCUGCCUGCCUAUAUUAUUCCCUCGCUCUAUAUACCAACACUGCACUUCUCUCCUAUCCUAUAUCCUAUGGUCGUCGUCUUCGUCUUCAUCAUCUUCUUCUUCUGCAACCAUUCAAUUCCCAAACCCUAACAAUCCAAUUGAAAGCUGUAUAUACAUACUUUCAGCAGCAACAUUAACGAAUCAUGGGGAACAUGAGAGGGCACGUGGCGUACGGCUCCGUGUUCUUCCUGCAGGGGCUAUGGCAGCUCCUCAACCACAUCCACCUCCACAACCGGAACCCUAAUUCCUUCACCACCCUCCCCUGGUUCCCCUCCACGUUCAUCAGACACUCCGAGCUCCUCCUCAUCAUCGCCGCCUCCUCCGCCGCCAUCCUCAUGGACCUCUUCGUCGGUCUCCGCCACCACCAGCCGCUCGACCCCGACGGCUCCAUCCCGGCCACGCACCUCCACAGCUUCGAGCACUCCAUCAUCGCCCUCGCCAUCCUCAUCUACGCCCUCUUCGCGAUUCUGCUCGACAAGCUCCGCGCCCCGGCGCAGUACGCCCUCACCAACGCCCUCGCCGCGCUGGCCUUCGCCCUGGAGCUCCUCGUCUUCCACCUCCACUCCACCGACCACAGGGGGGUGGAGGGGCAAUACCACUGGCUCCUCCAGAUCCUCAUCUUCACGUCCAUGGCGGCCACUCUACUCAGCAUCGGCUGCCCGAAGAGCUUCCUGGUGGCGUUCGUGAGAUCCCUCAGCAUCGUGUUCCAGGGGGUGUGGCUCGUGAACAUGGGGGUCAUGCUGUGGACCCCGGGGCUGAUCCCCAAGGGGUGCUUCAUGAAUCGGGAGCAGGGGCAUUUCAUCGUCCGGUGCCAUGGGGAAGAAGCUCUGAUGCGGGCCAAGGCGCUGGUCAACAUCCAGUUCAGCUAUUACACCGUGGGGGUCACCUCCUCGGCUGUUGCCCUCUAUCUGGCUAUCUUCAAGUUCUCUUCUGGUUCUGGUUCUGGUUCUGCUCGGUAUCACCAGAUUCUUCAAGUGCCCAGAUUUGAUUAUUCUGAUUCUGAUCAUCAUCGUGGGAUCGUAUUGAUGGAAGACGACGACCAUCACCACUGUGAUAUAAUUCAUAAUGGGGUUGGAACGAAUAAGGCCUGUAGUUUUCUGGGAAAUCCAAAUCCCAAGCCUGUAAUUGCUUCAAUGGAAAUGGAAAUGGAAAAGUAACUGUAGCAGAUGAUGGUGUGGAUCAAUGAACUGGAUUGGAUUUGGGUUGUGUGUCGUUUGCAUUUA